AUGGACUGUCUGGCUCUUUCCCUGGGCUUCGGCUUCUUGUUUCGGGUCAUUGAAACAUUGAUCUUUGCCUAUGUGGCAUCGGUAUCAUUGGCUGUCUCCGGGGGCCUCUUCCCAAGGCUGGAGAAUGUGGGUGCCUUCAAGGGUGUCUCCAUUGUGCCAGCCCAAGCCGUGUGUGGCCUCCCAGGCCCGAGUGUGUUUUGUGACAGCUCUACAGCUGCUGAAAGUAUCCAGUUCUGUACCCAGCGGCUCUGUGUUCAGGAUUGCCCCUACCGCUCAUCUUCUGCUCCGUACACAGCCCUUUUCUCGGCUGGUCACAGCAGCUGCACCGCAGUGGACAAGAGCGAUCUGCGUCCUCACUCCCCUAGCAAUUCUACAAGUUUUAUUUUUGGAAAGCACAAGAACUGCUUCCCUUCUCCUUCUCCGAGGCUGGCUGAAGCAUUCACUUUAGCUGUGUGGCUGAAACUUGAGCAAGAAGGUGAAAUGUGUGUUAUAGAAAAGACGGUGGAUGGGCAAAGUGUGUUCAAACUUACAGUAUCUGAGAAAGAGACCAUGUUUUAUUAUCGUACAGUGAAUGGUUUGCAGCCUCCAAUAAAAGUAAUGACACUGGGGAGAAUUCUUGUGAAGAAAUGGAUUCAUCUUAGUGUGCAGGUUCAUCGAACAAAAAUCAACUUCUUUCUCAAUGGCGUGGAGGAGGGUAACAUGGCUUUCGAUACAAGAACUCUAAGUGGAUCCAUUGCACAUUUUGCUUCUGGAACUAUACAAAUAGGACAGAGUUUAAAUGGUUUAGAACAGUUUGUUGGAAGAAUGCAAGAUUUUCGAUUAUACCAAGUGGCACUUACAAACAGAGAGGUUCUGGAAGUCUUCUCCGGAGGUCUGCCUCGGCUGCACGUCCAGUCACACUGCCGGUGCCCUGGCAGUCACCCCCGCGUCCACCCUCUGCUACAGCAGUACUGCGUCCCCAACGGAGCAGGGGACACGGUCAGAGACAGAGUGUUAAGGCUGGGUCCCAACGCCCACCCUCUUUCUUUUGUCAAUGAUAACGAUGUCGGUACUUCGUGGGUCUCACAUGUGUUUGCCAACAAUGCCCAGCUUGAUGGAGGAGUGACAAUUUCAGUGGAUUUGGAGAACGGACAGUACCAGGUGUUUUAUAUAGUCAUUCAGUUCUUUAGUCCACAACCAACAGCAAUAAAGAUUCAAAGGAAGAAGGAGGACAGCUUGGAUUGGGAGGACUGGCAAUAUUUUGCUAGAAAUUGUAGUGCUUUUGGAAUGGAAAACAAUGGAGAUUUGGAAAAUCCUGAUUCUGUCAACUGUCUUCAGCUUGACAAGUUUACCCCGUAUUCCCGUGGUAAUGUCACAUUCAGCAUCCUGACACCUGAACCAAAGCAUCGUCCUGGAUACAAUGACUUCUAUAAUACCCCAUCCCUUCAAGAAUUCAUAAAAGCCACACAAAUACGGCUUCAUUUCCGAGGGCAGUACCAUACAGCUGAUGCCGCUGUCAACCCUAGACACAGAUAUUACGCGGUGGCUGAAAUCACCAUUGCUGGCAGGUGUCAAUGCCACGGUCAUGCCAGCAGGUGUGACACAGCGACCCGGCCAUACAGGUGUCUCUGCUCCCCGGACAGCUUCACCGAGGGACUUCACUGCGACCGGUGCUUGCCUCUGUACAACGACAAGCCUUUCCGUGGAGGGGAUCAAGCACAUACUUUCACCUGCAAACCUUGUCAGUGCCACAACCACUCCACCAGCUGCCACUACGACGCCUCAGUGGACCCAUUUCCCCUGGAGCUUGGCAGGGGGGGAGGAGGAGUGUGUGACGCCUGCCAGCACCACACUGCAGGAAGGAACUGUGAGCUGUGCAAGGAUUACUUCUUCCGAGAAGUUGGCGCCGAGCCCUCAGCCGCGGAUGUUUGCAAACCCUGCGACUGUGAGCCCGCGGGCACCAAGAGCGGGAGUCUCUCCUGUGACCAGACUGGAGGCCAGUGUAAUUGUAAGAGACACGUGUCUGGCAGACAGUGCAAUCAGUGCCAAGCUGGAUUCUACAGCCUGCGAGAGUCGGAUGCUGAUGGCUGCAGCCCCUGUGGCUGCAGUACCUCGGGGACUGUGGAUGGAGACAUUACCUGUCACCCCGACUCAGGCCAGUGCAAGUGCAAAGCAAACGUUACUGGGCUUAAAUGUGAUCAGUGCAGUUUUGGAUUCAAAUUUCUCCGAAGUUUCAAUGAUGAUGGAUGUGGGCCCUGCCAGUGCAACCUGCACGGCUCAGUGAACAAAGCCUGUGACCCUUUCUCCGGCCAGUGUGACUGUAAGGAUGAAGCCAGAGGCCUGCAGUGUGACACAUGCAGAGAAAACUUCUAUGGGUUGGAUGCUACCGGCUGCAAAGCCUGUGAGUGUGACGCCGCUGGCUCGGUCCCUGGGACCGUCUGCGACGCUGAGACAGGGCAGUGCGUCUGCAAGCCCAGCAUUGGAGGCAGGCAGUGCGAGGACUGUUUGGAGGGCUCCUUCUACCUAGCGCAGAAUGAUUCGUUCCUCUGUCUGCCCUGUGACUGUGACACGUCUGGGACAGUAAAUGGCUCUCUGGUGUGUGACAAAGCGACAGGCCAGUGUCCUUGCAAACCAGGGGUGACGGGUCUGCCCUGCAAUCAGUGUGAGCCUCACAGGUACAAUUUGACCACAGGCAGCUUUCAGGGCUGCCGGACGUGUGAUUGUGACUCCCUGGGGACGUUCCCUGGGACCACGUGUGACCCAGUCAGUGGCCAGUGCUGGUGUUUGCCUAACCGUCGAGGAAGAACGUGUAAUCAUUGUCAGCCAGGUUUUUACAUUGCUCCAGGCAAUGCCACUGGCUGCCUGCCGUGUUCAUGCCACACAACGGGAGCGGCGGGCCGCAUCUGUGACAGCCUAACUGGACAGUGCCCUUGCCAAGAUGUGUCCAUCACCGGGCACAGCUGUGACCAAUGCAGUGACCACUACUUUGGAUUUGACCCUCAGACUGGAAGAUGUCAGCCUUGUAAUUGUCGCCUCUCAGGAGCCUUGAAUGAAACCUGUCACUUGGUCACAGGCCAGUGUUUCUGUAAACCAUUUGUCAUGGGUUCGAAGUGUGAGGCUUGUGUUCCUGGCGCCAGCCACUUGGACGUCCACAACCCAUGGGGCUGCAGCAAGAUUCCAUCCCAGCAACCUCCACCCAGAGGAGAAGUCCACAGUUCUUCUGCCAUCAGCCUGACCUGGAGUCCACCUGAUUCUCCAAAUGGCCCCUGGCUUACCUACCGUUUACUCAGGGGUGGUUCUGAAAUCUACACAUCUGAAGAUCAAUACCCAUACAAUAUCCAGUACUUCUUAGACACUGCCCUGUCACCUUAUACUUCAUAUUCCUAUCACAUCGAGGCCACCAACGUGCAUGGCUCAACACGGAGUGCAGCUGUCAUUUACACAACAAAGCCAGGGCUUCCACAGGGGCACCUGAACCUCAGUUAUGUUGUCCCUGUGGGCUCUAACUCGGUGACACUUACCUGGGGUGCACUUUCAAAUCAUUCUGGUCCUAUAGAGAGGUACACUGUGUCCUGUGUUCCUUCAGACAACCUCACGUCAUGUGCUCCCUAUGAAGGUCUCAAAACCUCAGCCACCAUCUGGAAUCUGACUCCGUUCACCAAGUACCAGUUUUCGGUCCAGGCCUGCACUAGCAGGGGCUGUGUCCAGGGCUCCCCCAUCAUGGUGACUACGGCCCAGGCGCCACCGCAAAAGCUGAGCCCGCCCAAGAUCUGGAAAGUCGGUGCCACCGAGCUCCGUGCAGAAUGGGCUCCACCAGCGGAAGCCAACGGAAUUGUUAUAAAAUAUGAGUUGUACAUGAAAAGACCGCGAUCCACGGAAGAACUGCGAGUGUUUCAGAGCAGUGGCUGGCUCAGUCCUCAGUCUCCUGCAGAACCAGCCCAUGAAGACACACAAAGACCUCCUCAGACAGCUGCUGCCAUCAUUGGUCUGGAGCCCUACACCGAGUAUGCGUUCAGGGUCGCAGCCCAGAACAUGGUCGGGAGAGUGUUUUCCACCUGGAUCUCAGAGAGGACAGGAGAAGCAGCACCUGUCUUCAUGCCUCCUCCUUCAGUCUUUCCCCUCUCCUCGAACUCUCUCAAUGUCUCCUGGGAGAAGCCUCCAGAAAAUGUGACAAGAGGAGGAAUUGUGGGGUAUCUCAUCAGUAUGGUCUCUGAGCAAUCGCCUCAGCAAUCUGGCCCGGUGGUGUUUCAACAGCUGUUGCACACGGCUCAAUCCCAGGAGCUCUCUUACACCGUCAGAGGACUGAAGCCUUACAGGAUAUACAUAUUCACCAUUUCCCUCUGCAAUUCGGUUGGUUGUGUAACUAGUGCUUUGGGAGCAGGGCAGACUUUAGCAGCAGCACCUGCCCAGCUGAGGCCUCCUCUGGUGAAAGGAAUCAACAGCACCACAAUCCAUCUUACAUGGUUUCCACCCGAAGAAGUAAACGGGCCCUGGCCUGUGUACCAGCUAGAAAGGAGAGCGUCGUCUCUAUCAGCUCCAGUGGCCACCAUGAUGAAAGGAACUCGUUUCACAGGAAGUGGGUAUUAUAAAUUUCCCAGCACCACUCACCGCCUCGGUACUGACUUUACUGGCAUUAAAGCCAGCUUUCGAACGAGGGUGUCUGAAGGCUUGAUCUUCUUUGCAGCGUCUCCCGGCAAUCAGGAGGAGUAUUUUGCACUUCAGUUGAAGAAAGGCCGUCCUUAUUUUCUUUUUGAUUCUCAGGGGUCCCCAGUGGAAGUCACCACAACUAAUGAUCAUGGGAAGCAAUACAGCGAUGACCAGUGGCAUGAGAUGAUUGCUGUUAGACACCAGGCUUUUGGCCAGAUCACCCUGGAUGGUCGGUACACAGGCUCUGCGGCCACCCUGAACGGCAGUGCUGUCAUCGGAGACAAUGCAGGGCUGUAUGUGGGAGGCCUGCCCCUGGGUUACACCGUCCUCAGGAGGGACCCCGAGAUCACCCAGAAAGGUUUCGUGGGCUGUCUCAAAGAUGUUCAUUUUAUGAAGAAUUACAAUCCCUCUGCUGUUUGGGAACCUCUGGAUUGGCAGAGCUCUGAAGAGCAAAUCAAUGUCUACAAUAGCUGGGAGGGAUGCCCUUCUUCAUUGAGUGAGGGUGCCCAGUUUCUAGGAACAGGGUUCCUGGAACUCCAUUCAGAUGUGUUUCAUGGUGGAAUGGAUUUUGAGAUUUCUCUUAAGUUCAGAACUGACCAAGUAAAUGGAUUGCUGCUUUUCAUUUACAACAAAGAUGGACCCGAUUUUCUUGCUGUGGAGCUGAGGAGUGGAGUAUUGAGCUUCCGGUUAAAUGCCAGUCUUACCUUUACGCAAGUGGAUCUCUGGCUGGGUCUGUCCUACUGUAAUGGAAAAUGGAACAAAGUCGUUAUGAAAAAGGAAGGCACGCUCCUAACAGCAGGCCUGAAUGCACUGAUGGAGCGCUACUCAGUCCCUGAAGCGCGGCCCCUGGUGGUGAAUUCGCCCGUCCACAUUGGGGGGAUCCCACAGGAACUGUGGGAUGCUUAUGGACACUUGAGUCUGGAACAAGGUUUCAGCGGCUGCGUGAAGGAUGUUACAUUUUCGAGGGGCGCUGUCGUUAACUUGGCAUCUGUGUCCAGCUCCGCUGUCAGAGUCAAUCUGGAUGGAUGCCUAUCACCUGCCAGCGCUGCUAACUGCAGGGGAAAUGACUCCAUCCCGGUGUUCCGAGGACGCCAGCGGAGCGCUCGAGACAGUGGGCUCCAGCCCUUCACAGAAUACCUGUAUCGAGUGAGAGCCUCCCACGAAGGAGGUGCGGUAUACAGUGAGUGGAGUCGGGGACAUACGACAGCAGCAGCUCCGCCAAGUGUGCCAGCUCCAUCCAGAGUCCGCAGCAUCGAUGGCUACAGUGUCGAGGUGACCUGGGAUGAACCUGUGGGGGUUAGAGGUGUCAUCGAGAAGUACGUGCUGAGAGCCUACAGUGGGAAUGGCCCCCCUGUACCCCGAACGCCCUCUGCCAGCGCUGAGUUUGUGGAUACCACUACCUUCACAGGUAUGUUGACAGGCCUGCUGCCAUUCAGAAACUACACGGUAACCCUAACUGCAUGCACCCUGGCCGGCUGUACGGAGAGCUCACAGGCAGUGAACAUCUCUACUCCACAAGAAGCCCCACAAGAAGUUCAGUCACCAGUAGCCAAAUCCUUUCCCAAUUCCUUGCUACUCUCCUGGAGUCCACCCAGCCAGGCAAAUGGUGUUGUAACUCAGUAUUCUCUAUACAUGGAUGGGAGGCUCAUCUAUUCUGGCCAUGGGGAGAACUACACAGUCACAGACUUAGGAGCGUUUACUUCUCAUCGGUUCCUCCUCAGCGCAUGCACCCUGGGGGGAUGUGCAAACAGCUCCUGGGUCACACUGCACACGGCACAGCUGCCCCCUGAACACGUGGCACCCCCCGUUCUGACCGUCCUGGAUUCUAGGACUGUACACGUACAGUGGAAACAACCGAGGAAACUCAAUGGAAUUCUGGAACACUAUAUACUAUAUGUUUCAAAUCACACACAUGAUUUUACAGUUUGGACUGUCGUCUAUAACAGCAGUGAACCCCUCCAGGAUCUCAUGCUACAGGACCUUACCCCUGGUAAUAAAUACCGCAUCAAGUUGGGAGCGUGCACCGGGGGCGGCUGCAUGGUGAGCGAGGCCAGCCAGGCCCUGACCCACGAGGACAUCCCGGAAGGAGUGGCCGCCCCCGAAGCUCCCUCCUACUCCCCGGGCUCCUUUAACAUCUCCUGGAUGCAGCCGGAGUAUCCGAAUGGCGUUAUCACAAGUUACGGAGUAUAUCUGGAUGGCGUAUUAAUUCAGAGCUCCUCAGAGCUCGGCUGCUACGCCCACGGGCUUGCUCUCGGGAGCCUACACUCCUUCAGAGUCCAGGCGUGCACGGCCAGAGGCUGCGCCGUGGGCCCCCUGGUGGAAAAUCGAACUCUGGAAGCUCCUCCUGAAGGAACAGUAAAUGCGUUUGUCAGAACAGAGGGGUCCCGGGAAGUCCGUGUGACAUGGGGCGCACCGCUGUACCCCAAUGGACACUUAACGUACUCCGUCCUUGUUACUGGGAUCUUCUAUGCAGACCAAGCAGGAAAUAAUUACACUCUUCUGAGUGGCACAAAAGUUAUCCACAGCAGCGAAGAGGCCAACCUUUGGGUGCUCAUCGUUGGGUUGGUCCCUUUCAGCAACUACACUGUGACAGUGAACGCUUUCAACACCCGAGGCAGCUUGACAAGCAAGCCUGUAUCCAUCGCGAUGCCUCCAGGGGCUCCAGAUGGUGUGCUGCCUCCCAGGCUUUCAUCUGCCACCCCAACCAGUCUUCAGGUUGUCUGGUCUACACCAGCUCGGAACAACGCUCCUGGCUCUCCCAGAUACCAGCUCCAGAUGAGGCCUGCCCACACCAGCCACGGCUUCCGAGAAUUAUUUUCCAACCCUUCUGCAUUGUUGAGCUAUGAAGUGACCGAUCUCCAGCCAUGCAGUGAGUACGAGUUCCGGCUGGUUGCCUCCAAUGCAUUUGGCAGUGCACACAGCUCUUGGAUCCCACUCUUGACUGCAGAGGAUGGACCUGGAGCCAUGGAGCCUCCAAUCCUUCGGGACGUGAGGUCGACAACAAUAUCAGUCACUUGGCACCCUCCCUUAAAGCCCAACAGGGUCAUCACUCAUUAUAACAUUUACCAAAAUGGCGACCUGUACUUGAGAACGUCGGGAAAUGUCACUAAUUGCACAGCAACGCAUUUACAGCCGCAUACUGCCUACAAGUUUCAGGUAGAAGCCUGUACCUCCCAAGGAUGCUCCCUCUCCCCAGAGUCCCAGGCCACAUGGACACUCCCAGGGCCACCCGGAGGUAUCCUGAGUCCAGAGCUGUUCUCUGAUACUCCAACAUCGGUCAUUAUAUCUUGGCAACCCCCCACCCACCCCAAUGACUUGGUGGAGAACGUCACAAUUGAGAGAAGGGAGAAAGGGAAGGAAGAAACCAGCACCUUGGUGACCCUCCCAGGAAACCACUUCACAAGGUUUAUUGACAAGACUCCUGCUCUCAGCCCAUGGACACAAUAUGAAUACCGGGUCCUGGUGGGCACACUUAACGGAGGCACCAACAGCAGUGCUUGGGGAGAAGUCACCACAAGGCCCUCGCGCCCCCUUGAGGUGCAGCCACCAGAGGUGAAGGUGCUGGGACCUGACUCAGCUAAGGUCACCUGGAAAGCCCCGUUCAUGCCGAAUGGCAACAUCCUGAGCUAUGAGAUCCACAUGCCCGACCCCCACGUUACAAUCACCAAUGUGACCCCUUCUGUGUUAAGCCAAAUAAUCACUCAGCUGUCUCCUUUCACCAAUUAUUCUGUCACCGUAAUUGCCUGCUCGGGGGGUAACGGGCACCUAGGUGGGUGCACAGAGAGCUCGCCUACCUUGGUGACCACCCGCCCUGCUGCACCUCAGGGUGUCAGCCCACUGUCAGUGACUCCUCUCAGUGAGUCCUAUGUCGGAGUCUCUUGGCAGCCACCAUCCAACCCAAAUGGACCUGAUUUGAGAUAUGAGCUUCUGAGAUGCAAAAUCCAGCAACCUCUUGCAUCAAAUCCCCCAGAAGAUUUAAAUCUGUGGCACAAUAUUUAUUCAGGAACUCAGUGGUUUUAUGAAGAUAAGGGUCUUAGCAGGUUUACAACCUACAAGUAUAAGCUCUUCGUGCACAACAGUAUAGGUUUCACGCCAAGCCUAGAAGCAACCGUGAUCACAUUAGCCGGUUUUCCGGAGAAGGGAGCCAACAUCUCCGUGAGCGUCCUCAACCACACGGCCAUCGAUGUGAAAUGGGCUAAACCAACUUUUCAAGACCUACAAGGAGAUGUUGAAUAUUAUACUCUUUUCUGGAGUUCUGCUACCUCGAACGAAUCUCUGAGAAUCCUCCCAGGUGCAAGCUCUUACAUCAUUGGCCACUUGAAUCCGAACACAGAGUAUUGGAUUUUUAUUUCUGUCUUCAAUGGAGUCCACAGUAUCAAUAGUACAGUCUUGCAAGCAACCACCUGUGAUGGGGAGCCUCAGGGUAUGCAGCCGCCAGAGGUUGUCAUCAUCAGCCGCACAGCUGCACGCGUCAUCUGGUCAACCCCCUCAGACCCAAAUGGUGCCGUCACCGAGUACUCAGUCUAUGUAAACAAUAAGCUCUACAAGACCGGAAUGGAUGUGCCCGGGUCGCUUAUUCUGAGAAACCUGUCUCCCUUCACUGUCUAUGACAUUCAGGUUGAAGUCUGCACACAAUAUGCAUGUACAAAAAGCAAUGGAACCCAAAUCACUACUGUGGAAGACACCCCCAGCAACAUAGCGAUACCCUCGAUUCACGACAUCACGUCAAGAUCCCUUCGAAUUGAUUGGGUGUCUCCAGGGAAGCCAAAAGGCAUCAUUCUUGGAUAUAAUCUUUUACGGAAAACAUGGCAUCCAUGCUCUAAAACCCAGAAGUUAAUGGAGGAACACAGCAAUGACUUCUGCAAGGUGGUGAAGUGCCCAAAACCUAAAAAUAUCUGUGGACAUAUUUGCUUUUCUCCCGAAGCUAAGGUUUGUUGCAAUGGAGUUCUCUACGAGCCCCAGCCUGGAUACCACUGCUGUGAAGAAAAGUAUAUCCCAUUCCUUCCAAAUUCCACUGCAGUUUGUUGUGGUGGCAGAAUACAAGAGGCCCAGCCCAACCAUGAGUGCUGCUAUGGGUAUUAUGCUAAAAUACUACCAGGUGAAAUCUGCUGUCUGGAUGAACAGCACGGCCGGGUUUCCGUGGACCUGGGCGACGCCUGCUGUGGCCGGAUGCCCUACUCGUCCGCGGGGCACCAGAUGUGCUGCGGGGGGACCCUGCACGACGGCCGGGGGCGGCAGUGCUGCGGGGGGCAGGUGGUGAGCAGCGACCUGCAGUGCUGCGGGGGAGCGGCGCGAGGCCUGGCAUACGCGCACCUGCCAGGAAUGUUCUGUUGUGGGCAGGAUUAUGUGAAUAUGUCAGAUACCAUAUGCUGCUCAGCCUCCAGUGGAGAGUCUAAGGCACAUGUUAAAAAGAAGGUCCCAUUGCCAGUAAAAUGCUGUGAGACUGAACUUAUUCCAGAGAGCCAAAAAUGCUGUAAUGGAGUUGGAUAUAAUCCUUUGAAAUAUGUUUGCUCUGACAAGAUUUCAACUGGAAUGAUGAUGAAGGAAACCGCAGUUUGUGGGACUCUGUGCCCAGCGUCUAAGGAAGCCACUGCUUACUGUGGACACUGUGACUUCAACUUCACCAGCCACGUUUGUGUUGUGACAAGCAGGUCCCUCAAUUCCACAGGGAAGGCAUCGACUGAAGAAAUAUGCCCGUCUCCCGAAGAGAUUGUUCAUACAGGAGACAUGAACACAUUCUCCUUCACAGAUGUGAACCUCGAGCCCUACAUCAUGUAUGAAUAUAGGAUUUCUGCACGGAACAGCUAUGGGCCAGGGCUCAGCCAUCCUGUUAGAGCCAGCACGAAGGAAGAUGUUCCUGAGAGUGUGCGUCCCCCCCGGUGGACCACAGUGGGCGACCCUGAAGAUACAGUUGUCUUACACUGGAGGAAACCUAUACAGCCCAAUGGUCCUAUUACGUACUAUAUUAUUCUCCGGAAUGGAAUUGAACGAUUUCGGGGAACUUCCUUGAGCUUCUGGGAUACAGAGGGAAUCCACCCAUCCCAGGAGUAUUCCUACCAGCUCCAAGCUUGCACUGUGGCGGGCUGUACUGCCAGCCGUGAGGUAGUCGUAGCUACUACCCAAGGAGUCCCGGAGAGCGUGGAGCCACCCAGUGUCACAGCCCUCAGUGCAGAAGCUCUGCAUCUCAGCUGGAGCGUCCCAGGGAAACCAAACGGCGUCAUUAAAGAGUACCGGCUCUGGCAGGAGGGCAGAGGUGUCAUCUACAUGGACACCACUCACAGGAGGCAGCAUACGGUCACAGGUCUGCAGCCACACACCAGCUACAGCUUCACACUUGCGGCCUGUACAUCUGCUGGGUGCACUUCCAGUCGGCCUUUUCUAGGUCACACACUGCAGGCAGCCCCGCAAGGGGUCUGGGUGACAGCUCGACACACUAUCAUCAGUUCAACAUCGCUGGAAUUGUACUGGAGUCCACCAGAGAAACCCAAUGGUCUUAUUUCUCAGUAUCAGUUGAGUCGGAACGGAACUGUGCUUUUCCUGGGUGGCAGUGAGGAACAGAAUUUCACUGACAAACACCUGGAGCCCAAUACCAGAUACAUUUAUAAGUUAGAAGCUAAAACUGGAGGUGGCAGCAGGACUAGUGAUGGUUACAUUGUCCAAACACCUCUGUGGACACCAGAAGAAAUCCAUCCUCCGUAUAAUGUCACAGUAGUUGGACCUUAUUCCAUAUUUGUUGCUUGGACACCACCAGGGAUCCUCAUCCCCCAAAUCCCUGUGGAGUACAACGUCCUACUCAAUGAUGGGAGUGUCACACCUCUGACCUUCUCUGUCGCUCACCAACAAUCCACCCUUCUGGAAAAUCUGGCUCCUUUCUCACAGUAUAAGAUAAGGAUACAAGCAUGUCAAAACGGAAGUUGUGGAGUUAGCAGUAAGGUGUCUGUCAAGACCUCUGAAGCAGCCCCGGAGGAUCUUAGUCCCCCUCUUCUCAAGGUGCUGGGGUCAAGGUGCAUAAAGGUCCAAUGGAUGCCACCUCAAAAGCCAAAUGGAAUCAUCACUAACUACUUCAUUCACAGACGUCCCGCUGGCAUGGAAAAUGUGUCCCUCGAGUUUGUCUGGUCAGAAGGGACCCUCGAAUUCACAGAUGAAGCUGGGACACUGAGGCCUUUCACGCACUAUGAGUAUCGGGCCAGAGCCCAGAACUCCAGAGGCUGUGUGGACAGUGCCUGGUCUUCUGCACGGACCCUGGAGGCCCCUCCGCAGGCCCUGGCAGCUCCCUGGGCUCGAGCCACCGGAGCCCAUUCUAUUCUGCUGACCUGGAUGGAGCCAGAGUCACCCAAUGGCCUCAUCUCCCAGUACAGCGUGGUCUACAGAGAGAGCACCGAGGACCUGGCACCAGGCAGCGCCCCUGUGCGCGCAUUCACAGUGACGGGAACAAGCCACCAAGCCCACCUGUUCGGCUUGGAGCCAUUCACAACGUACCACAUUGGCGUGGUGGCUGCAAACCUCGCAGGAGAAGUUUCAAGCCCCUGGACUCUGGUUCAAACCUUGGAAUCUUCCCCAAUGCGGCUGAGCAACUUCACUGUGGACCAGAAAGAGAACUCCCGGGCGCUGCUGCUGCGGUGGGCAGAGCCCAUGAGGAUCAAUGGGGUAAUCAAGGCCUCCCGCAUCUUCAGCCCAGGGCUCCCGCGAUGCCGAGUCCUGCUUCGCUGCCCCCUGCUGGGCGCCGCCUACGCGCUGAGCCCGCGGGCCAGCAGGGCGCCGGGCUGCUACAGAGCGUGCGCCCGGGACGCGGCGGGGCGGGCCUGGCGCGCCGAGCGCACGCUGCCGGCGCCCCCGGAAGGGCUGCCCGCGCCCGGGCUGGCCUGGAGGUCCGCCAAGCCCCCCGCCCUGCUGGUCUCCUGCGCGCUCGGAGGCUGCGCCGCCAGCGGGGCCGCGCGGGUCAACACGCCCGAGGCCGCUCGGUCGGGACUCCGCCCUUCGGCUCUGCGGGCCGUCAGUGCCAGCCACAUCCACGCGUCCUGGUCCCCACCGUCCAGCCCAAACGGGGAGGCCACUCAGCAUCGACUGAGGUUCGCCGGCCCGGAGGAGCCCGCGGGGUGGGGCCUGUCCCUCCUGGUGUCGCACCUGCUGCCCUGCACGCGCCACCGCUUCUCCCCCGUGGCCUGCACGGGCGGGGGGUGCGUGGCUAGUGCGCCCAGGGCCGCCCGGACCAUGGAGGCCCCGCCGGAGGCCAUGGCUCCCCCCGCGCUGCAGGUGACAGGCGCCCAGUCCAUAGAGGUCACCUGGGAACCCCCCCGAAGCCCAAACGGCCGGAUCCCGAGCUACGAGCUCAGGAGGGACGGAGCCCUGGAGUACACCGGCCUGGAAAGGCGCUAUCACGAUCCCACUGGGCUCGCCCCGGGGGCGGAGUACGGCCACACGGUAACGGCCACCAACUCCCAAGGGGCCGUUUCCAGUCCGCUAGUCAAAGAGCGAACCAGCCCCUCUGCGCCCGCCGGCCUGCAGCCCGCCACACUGCACACCAGGGGCCCUCGGGAGAUCUCCGUGAGCUGGGACCCUCCGGUGAGGACCAAUGGCGACAUCGUCAACUACACUGUCUUCACCCGCGAGCUGUUGGAGGGAGAAACGAGAACCAUAUCCAUGAACAAGACCCAGGGCUCUUUUGGUGCCAGGUCGCUUGUAGUGGAGCAGCUGGAGCCGUUUCACAGGUAUGAAGUUCGGAUCCAAGCCUGCACGGCCCUGGGGUGCACAUCAAGCGACUGGGUCACCCUCCAGACCCCGGAGACGGCUCCUCUUAUGCAGCCUCCUCCUCAUCUGGAGGUGGGGAUGGCACCAGGGGGCUUCCAGCCCACCGUUUCUCUUCUAUGGACAGGUCCUCUCCAGCCAAACGGAAACAUUUUGUACUAUGAAUUGUACAGAAGACAAACAGCAGCUCAGCCUGGAAGAGCCAAUCCAGUGCUAACCUACAAUGGGAGCUCGAACUCCUUUAUGGAUUCUGAACUGCUGCCCUUCACCGAGUACGAGUACCAGGUCUGGGCAGUGAAUUCGGCAGGAAAAGCCCCCAGCAGCUGGACGUGGUGCAGAACCGGGCCUGCGCCCCCCGAAGGCCUCAGCGCCCCCACCGUCCACACGGUAUCCUCCACCCAAGCCGUGCUCAACAUCAGCGUCCCUGCGAAGCCCAACGGGGACAUCAGUCUCUACCGGCUGUUCUCCAACACCAGCGGCGCCCUGGCUGUGCUGUCGGAAGGCACGGCCACCCAGCAGACCCUUCACAACCUGCAUCCCUCCACGGCCUAUGCCGUCGGGGUGGAGGCCUGCACCUGCUCCCACUGUUGCAGCCUUGGGCCUACGGCGAAGCUGAGGACGCGCCCCGCUCCGCCCUCCAGCCUGUCCGCUCCCCGCCUCCAGGAGCUGGGCUCCAGGACGGCCUCCGUCCAGUGGCGGCGCCCCCUGUUUCCCAACGGUGUCCUUCGAAGCUAUGAGCUCCAGCUGUCCGUGGCCUGCUCUCCAGAUUCAGCCCUCCCCUGUGCUCCCAGCCAAGCAGAGACAAAGUACAGAGGACCAGGGCUUAGAGCCAGCCUCAUGGGCCUCCAGCCUUACACUGCCUACCUGCUCAGAGUGGUGGUGCACAACGAGGCGGGCAGCAAGGCUUCUGAGUGGAUCCACUUCCUCACUCACACAGAACUGCCUCAGUUCCAGGUGCCGUUUUCUGUGGACAGCAACGUGUCUAUGGUGUGCCUGGACUGGAGAGGCACCUUCCUCCUGAAUGGCCCGCUCAAGGAAUACGUGGUGACCGAUGGGGGGCAGCACAUCUACAGCGGUCUUGACACCACCCUCCACAUACCCAGGAGAGCACACAAAACCUUCUUUUUCCAGGUCACCUGCACUACAGAUGUAGGAAGUGUUAAGACACCAUUGAUCCAAUAUGACACCUCUAGUGGAUUUGGUCUGGUGCUGACAACUCCUGGAGGAAAGAGGGGCUCCGGGAGCAAAAGCGGAGAAUUCUACAGCGAGCUGUGGUUCAUCGUGUUACUGGCGGUGCUGGGCUUGAUCUUAUUGGCCAUUUUUCUGUCCCUGAUACUACAGAGAAAAAUCCACAGGGAGCCAUACAUCCGAGAGAGGCCCCCCUUGGUGCCCUUUCAGAAGAGGAUGUCGCCUUUGAAUGCCUACCCUUCGGGGGAAACCCCAGUGGGAUUAGCUGAUACCAGAAUCCCUCGGUCAGGGACACCCACGAGUCUCCGGAGCGGCCGGAGCGUGUCUGUCCUGAGGAUCCCCAGUCAAAGCCAGAUCAGCAGAGCCUGUUCCCAGGGCUCCCUGCACCACAGCGCCAGCCAGCUCGUGGACAUUCAAGACAAGAAAGUCCUCCUUGAUGACUCGCUGUGGGAAACCAUCGUGGGCCACGGCAGUGGACUGUAUGUGGACGAAGAGGACCUGAUGAAUGUGAUCAAGGGUUUCAGCUCAGUGAGCAAGGAACACACCACGUUCACUGACACCCACCUGUAAUGGACGGGAAGUGUGUGCUGUAAGCUCAGGACGCAGCUCUGCACUCCGUGAGCCCUGGGUGACCACCCACGGACGCAUCAUUAAUGCUGAACACCACUGUUAAUCCCUCACAUUUCAGACGUGAGAACUGUUUUUAAAAUCGUUCCUCUUUAGAGACCUAGAAGUGUUAUUUUUCCAGUUGUCUGAAAGGAGAGAUCACAUCCAUAUGGAAACACUCACUUUGCUGUUUAUUUUGUGGAAGAUGAAGCAUGUCAUUUUCACCUGGCUCACACAGCGAGGCAUUGGUUAAAUGAAAAAUCAGUGGCAAGUUCACAAUGGCCCACAGUUGUUACAAAGGGAAGUUACCACCUUCAAAACUACGUGACUCUCCUGAGAUAUUGCUGCUGCCCCUUUCCAACUGCUAUUUCUGACAGGGUUGACAUAAUCCUAUAAGAAACAGUGACUGCAAUGAUCACAGCUGUGAAAUGAAAUCCCAGCUUCAGGCCAGGCUGAAGCAGAGAAAAACAAACACUGCACUGUGGCUAUGCACGGGGCUAAAAGUUCUGUUUUAAUUACAUUUUUAGUGGUAGCCUUCUGACAGAGCACCACAUAACUUCACCAGAAAUAUUUCAGUUCCUGCAAUUAUGGGUUGUUCAGAAAUCUCAUGAGUAAACCACUAAUUUAUACAUUUUAUAGAGAAAAACUUGAACCAAUGUUUUUCAUACAUUUUAGAAGUUUUGAAACUUCAAUCAGCAUUUUCAUUAAAUUCUGUCAUUUCACCAAAUAUCAGAAAAUAUGACAUCUUCAACUUAGCACAUUUGAAACAGAAAUUACUGUACUACUUGCUAUAUUUAAUUAGCCUUCAUGGAAUUCAAAAAGAAAAAUUAUGCUUCUUCCAGUUUUGAAACUGUUAACACAUCUACAUGUAAGGUGAAAACUAUCAAUAUAUACAUAUCUGCCUAUCAUAUGUAUAUACACACACCUGCUAUUUGGAAUUCUAUCUCAUUUCAGAGAAAUCAUUUUAGUCCUAGAAUUAGUAGGAAUGGAUGAUAUGCCACCAAUUUCUGUGGUUUAGAAAUUUCUGCUAGCUGCUCUAUUUGGAUUAUAGUCAUUGGUGAAAGUCCCACAGCAGGGGGAAAAAUGCUGUCAUCAACAUAAAAUGAAAUAUAUUUAUUCUUCCUGGAAAACUAUGUAAGAAAACCUCUUUUUGCUCAUUCUUAAAGGUUUUAACGACUGCUGGAUAUUCUUUUGAAUACUUGUGUCUCACACACUACUGUCUGAGGAGACUGUCAAUCUAUGUCCAGAAGCAGGAGGAUUUUUGCAAAGCUGAGGUGGAAAAUGCUUAUAAAAUAAGGGCUAACCACACUAUUCAUCCUGCCUAAAAACCCAUGAAUUAUCCCCAUGGUCUGAGUCAAAGCUUUCGGACUCUGGGGUGAUGAGAUGUCAUCCAACUCUGUGGGAGAGCAGCUCCUCCCUCUGGCCACUUCCAAAGCCUGCCAACCCCAAGUGUGAAAAGCAGACCAGCAUCUAACAGUCCUGCCCCCUUGCUAAAACUGCUAUAAACAAAGAGAUUGGAAAUAAUCGUUAUGUUUGGCAGUAGCUCUACAAGUUAGAUUGUUUUCUGGCCAAAAGUUUUAUACUUUCUGAAAUGGAAACACAGGAUCGGCUGGUCUAUUGGUUUU